AUGGGAUUCGGCCACAGAAAUUGUGUGGUCCUAGGCUGUCCCAACAGUGGACAGAGGCUUGGGAAGUGGGCAGCUACGACCUGUGAGCUUCAUGGUUGUAACAAUGGUUCAAGCAUAUGUGACUGCCAGCCACCCUUCAAAUUAUUCCCGUUCCCGACAGAAAAGAACCCGGAACGCCGAUUACAAUGGGCAAAAAAUAUAAGCAGGAACAGUUUGAAUGGAACUCUUUGGAUGCCUAACAAGGAUUCAAGAGUUUGUAAUCUACACUUCGUUGACGGUGAACCAAAGGCUGAAAACCCAGACCCAACUUUGCAACUUGGUCACAGCAAGAAAACGAGAGCCUCCAAACGCCCACCACCAACGCCACGGGAUAACUCUCUUGCAGUAAGAUCCAGAAAACGAGCUAAGCUAGAUACAUGUAGGGAUGAAAUACCAGUACCUGUUCUUGACCACUCAGCUGACAACCUGGCUUGUGAUGAUGUUGAGCUCCAAGACCCUGAGCCCUCUACUUCUAUCAAUGAUUGUGUUGACUUAGACAGAUCAUCCGUAAUUCAUGACCAUUGGUAUGUCUAUGGCUGGUAUGAAAUUAAUGAAAAUUCGAAUUUUUACAUGAACACAUGUUGCUUAAAAAGCAGACAAGACAAAGAUAAAAGAAUCGUGGAACUUUCAGAGAAAAUACAGGAGCUAAGUGAAAAAGUGAAGUUGCUGGAAGUUCAACUUGUAGCCAAACAGGAUAAGGGAUUGAAGCAUUCACAUCUGAGAAAUGACCAGACUGUAAAUUUACUGACUGGUAUCCCAUCAAAGCCUGCCUUUCACAAAUUAUCUGACUCUGUCAAAGGAUCUAUAAAAAAAGUGAGAUAUUGGAGUGGCCGUAAGAAAACAUCCAGAAAAGGCAAGAACUUUAGGAAAUCACCAAAAAAAUUUGGACCAAACCGGGCUCUUUCUCAAACCGACGAGUUUCUUUUAACACUAAUGAAACUCCGUUUGGGAUCCACCAAUGCAGACCUUGCACAAAGAUUUGGAAUUUCACGAAGUACCGUAUCAACUAUUUUCAACACAUGGGUCAAAAUUUUGGCUAAUGAACUGAAAUGCCUAAUAUACAAUCCUAGCAUGGAAGUUGUUAAGAAAACACUGCCAAAGAAGUUCAAAAAACCAGGAUACUGCCAGGUGCGCCAUAUAAUAGACUGCACUGAAAUUUUUAUAGAGACCCCAAGCAACCCUGUAAUCAGAGCAUCAACGUGGUCAGAUUAUAAGCACCACAAUAGUGCAAAAAUCCUGGUUUCAAUCACCCCUAAUGGGGCCUUCAUCUUCAUCUCCGAGGCAUGGGAUUGGCGCACCUCAGAUGUCCAUUUGACAAGGGAAUCAGAGUUUUACAACAUCCUUGAACCAUAUGAUGCAGUAAUGGCAAAUCGUGGAUUCACUAUUGCAGAGGAUCUUUUGCUUCACAGAGCUGACCUUUUUAUUCGUCCAGGGAAACGUGGACAAGAACAGUUCACGGAAGCUGAUGUACAGAAAACUAAAACAAUAGCUAAUCUACGCAUUUUUGUAGAACAGGCCAUCAGGCGGCUGAAAACAUUCCGUAUAAUCAAGAACGAACUGCCCAUCUCUCUUAUUGGUAAUCUUGAUAACAUUAUCAUUGUCUGUGCUGCAUUAUGCAAUUUGUACAAGCCUCUUUGCAAGUAA